GCUAAAAUCAAAGGAAACAAAUUAUGAUCGGUGAAAGUCGGUUCAUACGACACAUCCUUCACAUUGUGUUGUAAAAACAAACAAAAAUAGUUUUCCUCGCACUCUCAUUUAUUUUAUCUUCAAGCGACCUUCACGUCUACUCUGAAAACUUGUCAAAAUCAAGAAAUUAUGAUGUCAAGCUUCAUUAUAUUAUUUUCAUAAAAAUUUAACAAAUAUACAAAUGGCGGCUUCUCUUGCUUUUCGCUAAUCUGCGUAGUUGAUCUGUGCUUGUAAAAUUGACACAAACAACCUCAUCAAAAUGUCUUGUCGAGACAAAUCUGUUGCACUUGAGUUAAUUGCAUUGAAGAAACCAACAGCUUUGGACGAACUUAUUAACUCAAUACCAAAGCCUAAAGGAGCAACACCAAACUUUGGUUUACCAAGAUGGAAAGUUAUGCCAUUAGAAUCAAAAAUUCCAAUGAUUCCUGGCCCCAAGGGAUCUUACCACUUUACUCGAAACAAGAUUGGAAGAAAGCUUUGGGUCGGUUCUGCGGAUGCACAAUUUGAUUUAAGCGAUCCAUACAAUUAUGAAGCGGAGUGGAUCUACGAUCCGCUGCACGACGAACACCUAAAGAAAUUUUUUUUACGGCCUAUCAACAUUAAGAGAAUGAUGAAGAUCGGAUUGGUAACAAAAAAACUUGAUGCGAAAUGUUCAGUUAAAGAUUAUAAUAUGUAUAGAAAAUACUUGAAGAAAUUAUACAAUGACAGCAUCAAUCUAGAGAUCAAACACAGGGCAAGUAUGGAUUUAGAAAGAAAAACUUUGUACUUUACUGAGAAACUUGCUGAAAAAGACGUUGAAAGAAUGAAGGCAAGAGAAAAAAGGAUGGAAGCCACUAGUCUGUUGCUAGAAAAAAACAGACUCGAAGAUGAAGAAAAGAUGCAGAAACAAAAAGAAAGACAAAUAAAAAUCGAACAGAGGCUUAGAGAUCUCAAAUUUAAAAAAAUACAGGAUAAAAAAAUGCGCAUUCAGAAGGCUUGGGAAGAAGCGGAGAUUUUGAGGCGAAAACAUGAAGCAGCUGCAUACAUUGAGCGUCAAAAAAUAGUCAAAACACUGAAACGAUGGAGAGACAGUGAAUGUCAACGUAAAACAGCUAGGGUAAAAAGAAAACUUCAGGAGAAGCAAGCGAAGCAAACGGCUGUGGAAGAAAAAUGGAGGCUGAGGCAAGAAAUGCAACGAAAACAAAUAGAAAGAGAAAAUUUUUUACAGCAUUGUUCAAUUGAAGAACGUGCAAUUAAUAUCAAGGCAUAUGACACCAAAGUCGACAGAGAACGGGCAAGAAUGCAAAGAAUGGGGGAGCAGUAUAAAAUGUUUAUGAAAUGUUACGCAAGCAGGCAUGUGGCUGGCCAAAGGGAUGGAAUGUGUUGCAUAAAAAGGCAUCGAAAGCAUAAGAUGAAUGGGAAGGGCGUCAUCAAUUCAUGUUCCGGUAAAACAUAUAAGCAUAAGAAUGAGAAGCUGAAUGAAGAAGUGAAAGUGCAUAUUAAGAAAAAACAAAAGAAAGGGAAAUGCAAUAAAAAGAAACGAAUUUUAGAACCAUCGUCAGAGCCUGAACCUGAGGAAAUAUGCACAGGAACUAAAACACCAUUUUUACGUAUAAACGAGCAACCUGUAUUGAAAGAUAAAUGUGAAUGCGAGAAGGUCAAGGCAGAAUGGCUUCAACGCCAACAGAUCAGUAUUUAAUUUUCGAAUUUUCAUACCAUUCUAUAAAUAUUUAAGCCAUGUCUCGUGUAAUGAACAAACUUGGGGAAACAGAUAGAAUAAUAAUACAUAUUGUUAAUUGAGUUUUCAUAUACAAUUUGUGCCUAUGAUCAUUCUGUAAUAUAUAUUAGUUCAAAAGAAAUUCUAAUUGAAGCAAUUAGCAAUACGUUUGCAGACCAUCUUUUUAUGUGGUAAAUGGAUUGAAAUUUUAUUCAUUCCAUUGAAUGACUUGCGCUGAGUUUUACUAAUAUAUCGAUACAAGGGGUAGAUACUGAGAAAUCUUGUAGUGCUUACGGAAAUAGCUCGUUUUAAAGCAGCGCAGAGAGCGAAGUACCCGGUAUGUUUGGUUACUUCCCAUUUUGUAUCAUCU